CACAAUUAACCCUACAGACAGAAAUGCAGUAAAAAAAAAUCAACGUUAGAUCGAAUAUCGUGCCUUAAGCGCUGUCUCUCUCAGCGGCACAAUGGACAAGAUCUUCCUUCUCUUGUCCACACGGACUGGCGCCUGUCUGAGUCUGCUGCCUGUCUAAAAGAAGCGACAAAUCCCGCACUUUGCUGUCGUAAAGCAGGACUCUUGGAAACAUGUGGAAGAAAAACAUGCAUACCCGUUACCUUUUAGUUACACCUAACUUUCCGGGACAGUUUUGUGAACGUUUUUGGACAGAUAUUUUGCCAGGACACUGCAGCUACUUUCCGCCAGCCAGCCGUGCUCUGAGGCUGCCUUGACAACGCUGAAAAGUACCAGGAUGUGGGACCUGGAUGCUCGCUCUGUGUGUGUUUGUGUGCUCGCUCUAUGGCGUGGACACACAGAGACAGUAUAGUACAACGCCCCUCCUUCCCUCUUCAGACCCUCACUCGUUAGGACUGCAUACAAAAUGACUUCACUAAAUUGUGGCUAUGAGCUAUUACCUCCAGGAGUCACAAUAUCAGGCCGACUGCCAAUUUGGCCUAACCUCAUUUGUCAGUUAGGGAAACUUGAAUUUGGGACAGGAGACAAACUGAGUAACGAAUCAAAAGAAAAUCCAGUGAUGAUGCACAGAGAUUAUGUAAAGCUUGCAAUAACAUAGUCUUUUCCAACUUGGAACAGCUGGACAAAGGUCCAUUGAUUUAUUGUCUUUUUUUCUACAGAUGACCUCAAUUCAUGUGGAGGGGAGGAUGCUAUUGCCAAUGGCCAUGGUGAGAAGGAAUCAGAGCCUGACAUGGUCACACCUGUCAGGUCUCCAGGCACCAGCUACUGGAGCAUUACAGAGGGCCCAGACCAGCCGCUCCUCCUCUCCCCGGCCCCCGGCCCAUCUGGACGUAAACCCAGGGUCCAGAGGGCCUCACGUCCAGGCCUGAGCCGAAUCCCAGGCCGCGACCACCGCCGCUACUACCACGAGUAUUGGCGCAGCGAGUACCUGAUGGACUUUGAUCCACAACGUCACGGGAUGAUCUGCAUGGUGUGCGGCAGUUCGCUGGCCACCCUGAAGCUCAGCACCAUCAAGAGGCAUAUCCGACAGAAGCACCCGGACUCCCUGCUGUGGAGCGCUGCCGACAAGGAGGUCAUCCGCUCGGGGUGGGAGAGUCACCUGACUCUGGGGGGAGGUCAGAGAUCAUACAGCUCUACUGCUGGACCUUCACCUCAGGAAGAAGAUGAGCCAGUGGACUCAGACCAACAUGCUUCCGCAGAACCCCCAUACCCUGUGACACCCCAGGAGCAGCAACAACCCCUCAGUCUAUCUCCUCAGUCACAGGAGGGUGAAGCCCCCCAGCCACAAGAGGAGCAGGACCUCCCCGGGCCUUCAGCUCGCACCCUGGAACGCUACCUGAAUGACUCGCUGCACGCCUGGUUCCGCCAGGAGUUUCUGAUGGAGUAUGAGGCGGAAGCCAGCCGGCUGCUGUGCAUGGUGUGUGGAGGAGAGCUCCCCUCGCUUCACCUGGAUCACAUCAAGAGCCACGUGCUGGACACCCACCCCAACUCCUUGGUCUACAGCUCUGAGGAGAAGCACUGUAUCCUGCAGGCCUGGGCUCAGACUCAUGAAGAGUCAGAAAACUCAAUCAAAUCAGAGCCCAACACCAAAGAAGGUGGGGUGGACCUCUUUGCUCAGGAUGUGGAGGCCAUCCAGAUCAACAAUGACAUGUACCCAGGAGAUGAUGGCACUUUAACUCAGGACACUUGUCUUAUUGGUGAGGACGGAGGUGUUGGGGCUCCACAGCAGGGACCCCAGCCCCUCCGCCAGCCCAAGAAGAAGCGGCUGCGGGGGGGCGACCCGUGGCGGCUCCGCCUCGACUACCUGGUGGCCUACGGGCCUCAGGGCCGGGGCACGUUCUGCAUGGUGUGUUCUCAGGUCCUGCACGAAACCAAGGUCAGCAGCUUCCGCCGCCACAUUCAGGAAUGCCACCCCGAGACCAAAACCCUGAGCCGACAAGAAAGGGAAGCCAUGGCUGCUGCCUGGACCAAAGAUUAUUCUACUGAAGGCACGCAAAUUCAAGAUGAAAUCAACCCAAGCGGAGCCGAUGUCCUAGUCACCGCAGGAGAGACGAAUGAGGACGCUUACGCUGAUGUCGGAACACCCAGCAAAACGGGGAAGAAGGAGGAGGAUGUAAGUGGAGGGCAGGGUAACGCGAGGGAGGGCAGUACUCUAGGUACGCCCUCUCGCCACAGCCAUUACCCCGGGAAGGACCAGAGGAGGAACUACCAGGUGCGCUGGCGGAUGGAUUAUCUGAUGGAUUACGACUGUCGCAGACACGGGCUCAUCUGCAUGGUGUGUGGAGCCACGCUGGCUACGCUGAAGGUCAGCACCAUCAAGAGGCACAUCCAGCAGGUACACCCUCACUCUCUGGAGUACAGCCAAGAGGAGAAGCAGCAGGCCCUUCUGAGCUACAACCAGACCGCCCUGCCCUUCAUUCACUCUGACGACUGCUUCUCCUCCCAGGACCACGGACACACCGAGCUGGCGCCCGCUCCAGCACACUUUGGCACUUAGAAAGGUCUUCCGUCCGUUGCUCCUCACAUGGCCCCUGUUCAGAAACAGCCCCACCUUCUUUCUUAAAGGGAAAUUCAAGUAUGAUCCUCUUGUCCCCCCUUAUCCCCUCUGACUUCCCAAAUCUCAACAAUGCAGGUGCUGAGUAAAAUGUUACUUUGACCAGUAGUCAUAAUUGACAAAAUAUGUGAGGAAGUUGACAAAUACUGGAAUUUCCCCUUUAACUCUGGAUCUGAGAGCACUGCGGUGGCUAAAGUGGCAGCAUCACGACCUAAAAAUGUCAUGGCCUAAAAAAUGAAUGUCCAGCCACUCAUUUGAAGCUAAAUGAUGUUACCAGUUAUCUCGCCAGAGAGAGAACUAGCCCCGCAAGUAGUUACAAAUGCGUCACCAAGCUUCUAGCACUACCUAUUUUGCAAAGACACACAAAUUAAUUUCGCUUUUGCACUUUCUGGUCUGACCAGCCACUAAUAGACAUUAGAACUCUUCCAUGAGUGUCUGGACAUUUAGUUUUUUAACUCAAAAAUGGCCCUUUUGUAGUCAUAGUAUGUGCUGUCUACCUGUUACCUCUCAGGUCCAGGAGGGGCCCAGGGCUUGUUUCUGGUUAGGGCCAGAGUCUUACGCUCUCAGGAAGUUAGAGACCGAGUCUUCAGCGAGGCUGAGGUAAAUUAGUUUUACGAUAAUGUGUCUGAAGACAACACAGCACUUUGUCCCCAAAAAAUGUACUAAACCCAGCUUUCCUUCUGUACAGCCAACUGAAUGAGACUGUGUUUGAUGUUAUUGCUGAAGACAAUGAAAACCAGCGUGCAGUCAGUGAGAUCAGAUUUCUCUAGUCUAUUUAAUUCCUUGUUUACAGUGGAGGAGAAGGAUGUUUUCCUCUCUCUCAUCCAUUAUAAUGAGAUAUGUUAUCUCUCUGUCAGUCUGCAUUGUUGCUACGCCGGCCUGCAUCAUUUUCAUCAUCUACAACCCAUCUAACCUAACUGCACAAAAAAAAGAAUAUGUAAAUAUGUGGAAAAAAUAUAAACUUAUUUUUCCUUUAUACAAGCACUUUUAUGCACCCUGGUUUCUACAAAAUGUGUUUGUAAUUAUCUCUACUUCAUUUUUCUACUUCAUUCAAGAUUUCAGCAAUGAGCGUGUUCUUUAACAGCUGGAGAAUUGUUCGAUGGACUUUUGCUUUGAAGAGUUUGCUCCAGCUUUGGUACUGCUUAAUUUUUCCGUUCACUGUACAAAGUGUAUGCAACAAAAGAAGUUGUAGAAUAACUUACAGCUGUCUGUGAAAGAAAAGUCUGCCAUAAAAUGUCACUUCUUCACCUGGAAAAUGUAACUCAGGGAUUCUGUUGUCAUCAACAACCAUUUCAUCAGUGAUCUUUUAGGAACACGUGGGCUGUUGACAUUUGAAGAUACUGGAUACGUGUGUCAGCUUUGGUUGCAUAGGUGAUGCUAUAAGUACGACAGAGUAUUAGGGCCACUGUUAAAAACCAAAAAAUGGAGAUUUUGACAAAAAAAGUAGAAAUAUUUCAGUAGAAUAAAUUCAUAAGGAAAACUACAAUGUAAUUUAGAGGACUACGCUAGAAUAUACUUUAAAAAGUCAGUAUUUCUGAUUUUUUUAAAUAUUUUGAUUUAAAAUGAAGUCGUAAUUUGAGCAUUAGGGGAAAAAUAUUUUGAGAAAAAGUUCUAAUAUAAGAAGUUGUUAUAUUCUGGUAAGAAAAAUGUGAUGUUAGAAUUAAGUUAUAACUAGAAAAAGUUACAUUUGAAGAAACUUGUAAAGUUGGAUUGCAAGACAUACUUGGCAGAUUAUUAUACAAAAAGUAAAUAUUUUUAGCAUAAAGUCGUAAUUGGGGGAAAAAAAGUUCAAGUUCAAAGUCCAAAUAUUCCAAGAAUUUGUAAUUUUUUGAGAAUAUAGUGGGAAUUUCACAAACUAUGUCAUGUCAAACUAAAGCAUACACAUAUUAGGAUUUGUUCCAUGAAAUCUCAGUUUCCCAACAGUGUCUGUAUUACUCUGUUGUACAGUGACAGAAUUUGCUCAGGUGAAGCUUUUGAUACAAAACUACACAGUAGUAGUGAAGGACGAGUCUGCCCAGCCAAACUCUCCCUGCGACACCCUGAGAGCAGAGAAACUCUGUCAUAUUUCCAUUUCAUUGGUUCCCUUUAGCUAAGAAAAGGCCCCUCUAGAAGAGUUCUGACAUAGCACUUAAGUAUUUAAAAUGAUGUAAGUUACAGUGAAAUGAAAUGAGAUGAUGCUUUAGCUUGUGUGGGUGUGUUUAUAAUGUGUAUGUGUGCAAUGUUUUUUGGGGGGGGGGGGGGCACCCUCUUUGGCUCCUCAUUUGUCUUCAGUCUCACCACGUCCGCUCACCUUUCAUCUGUACAUGGCCAAUACGUGAGACAUGCAUUCUCUCUUCAAUGAUCUUUGAAUAAAUACUCACCGUCA